UCUCAUAGACUUCUAUACAACCAGAGGAGUCGCCCCCUGAUGGACACUAGAGAGAAUGCAGCUUUAACACAUUAAGCAUGGCUUCAGAACCAGAUGUUGCCGCCUGGUUCUUAGCUCAUUGUUUUAUUGCCGAGAAAGUAAAAACGCUCUGAUAAACUUUACUAAGUUUAUCACUUUACUCAGCACCGAACAACAGACCACGUUAGCGACUAAAACUAAAACAGAGAGUGAAUACUGGACUUACAUUCAUUAGAUGGAAACAAACAAGAAAGAUAAGCCAAAAUAAAUAUGGAAAGGGUUGGAUAUAGUCCAAAAUGGCUGCUGACCAAAAACAACUGACAUGCAAGUGGUUCUGCACACACUUUUGAUUAAAUUAGAUUUUAUAAUUUGUGCUUAACAUGUUCACCAUAUGCACUUGAUUGAUAAUAUGUCCAGUGUCAUAUUAUUAGUGAUAUAUGUGCAGCUUUAAUUAUUCUCUUACUUACCUAGUCUGCUGCACAGCAUUGUGUAGUGUCUUACUAUUUAUAUUAUAUUUUAAUAAUAAUGCAACACACAAAUGCAUGAUUUGAUGUUAAUGAUUGAUGCGGUUAAGACGUUUUACAGUUAAUUAUCUGGAAACAUUUUUAAAAUGCAUUAGGGAAUAUUUAUUGAUUGGUUGGUAAUGGUGCAGACUGCUGCUGCGUGCUCUCCAGGAUUUUUAUGAAUGGCUCAGUCACUGCUUUCAGUGUGUGUGUGUGUGUUUGGACUGAUGCAUACUGCAGUGGUGGUGAUGGAGUGGGGGAGGAGGAGAGACAGAGGAGAGGAGGUGAGAGAUGUGUGAGGAAGGAGGGGGAGAAGCAUGAAGGGAGGAGACUAGUGGAGAGGAAAUACACCCCCCCUCCCCUUCCCAUUCUCACAUUGGUGCAUUCUGCCCGUGUGCAUCAAUCACCCCGGACACACACAGGCAGUUCCGCCUCCUCUGCAGUGUAGCGACAGCUAGCGAGGGGCAGCAAUGGAGGAGCGUGCAGUGCAGCAGGAAAAAAUAGAGGGAUCGUGGGAAGGAGGGCACGACGGAGGGAAGGCGGACUGGAAGAGCGACCGCUCCCUCUCCUCCCUCCUUAAACACUCCUGUCUCCUCUGCUGGUCGUCCCCCAGGGACACUGACGUCGUGGAGACAGACGAGCGGGUCCUCGCCAAGGCAGUCGAGAUCAGAGUAAGAAGACCGCAGCAUCUCGCGCUGGAGCUGGAGAACGCGGUGACCGUGGAGAACUUGGAGCUUCAGGAGCAGCAGUCGGACCGCAAUGAGCUGGAGGAGACUCUGGUUAAGUUAGAGACGCACAAGCAGACGCUGGUGCAGCAAAUAAAGGCGACUAGACAGCUGUGCUAUGAGGAGAGUCAACAGAUCCUGUCUCUGCAGGCGGACGAGGUGCAGAAGGAGAGCCAGGUGGAGGAGUACGAGAGGGAGCUCGCCAGAGUCAGGUGGAGGCUGAGGAGGCUCAGAGACGAGGUGAAGCAGGCCAAGAGGAAGGUGGAGGAGGCCGGGGAGAGGAACACUCCCCUGCAGGACUCCAUCAGACAGUCCUAUGAAGAGAUCCUGCAGGAGGAGCACACCCUGUGUUCUCUGUCAGGAAGUGCAGUCACUCCAGAGAGCCAGUUGGAGGAGUCGACGUCUCCUGCAGACACCACCGAAGACGAUCCGCUUCCCAUGAGGCCGUGGGGAAGGAGCCAAUCUCUGCCUGCCUACGCUGACCUGAUCAUGCGAGCCAGUGGCUCGUCUUUCUGCAAUAACCUAGCGGAUACUAGAGAAGAAGUGGACGACAGUGGGACCAGCUCGCCAAAGAUGGAUAGAUCUGACAUAGAGGACGACCCAGAGGAGGGCGAGAUCAACAAUGACGGGGAGAAAGAGCCUGCUGUCUACCAGAACCACCUCAGCCAAAUGGACUUCUACCAAGCCGACCCCUUCGCCCACUGUCAGAGUGACCAUGACCUCUUCAAUGAAGACCUGUUCCCUAAAACGGACUCAUCUGGUGGAUUCGCUUCAGACCCUUUCAAAGGCAGCGACCCCUUUGCAGCAGAUAUUUUGUUCCCAGAGGUGAACGUCAGCGCUGACGAGGGGGCAGGAAAUGUCGCCGAUGAGGGGGACACUAGUCUGUCCUGUGCUGAAAACAAAGCCUCAACAGGAACUCAGUGCUUCGAGUCUGAAUUCCCCGACGAAGACAGCGACAUAGAGAUUAGCUACAGCCGAGAGGACCUGGAGGCGAUCGCUGUGGUUGAUUCUCGCGGAUUUAAACCCAUUCAGAGCUCGUCAGAGGAGCUGGGGCCAGAGCCCAUCCAGGGCUGGAGGUCCCAGGGUCAGUAUUCUAUAGAAUCAGACCCCAAUGGGUAUGAGCUGGACUUUGGCGCUGUCUCUGCUCCCUCGGACAUAGAAGAACAGAGUCUGGGAUCUCUAGCUGGCGAGGCUACCACCGAGGAAACAGCAGGACUGAAACAAGGUCUGAGUUCUGGUUCAGCUCAGGAUGUCUCUGAGCUCGCUGAACAAGUCCGGUUGGAACCGGAUUGGACAGGUGGAAUAGAGCAAACUCUGUCCCGUUAUGAUACCUCCAGUCAGGGGGCAGAAUGGGUAGGUAACAUUGAAGAGGAACCCCAAAACUCUGCAACUCCCCAAAACUCAGUAGACUUCCAAAACCUCUUCAUCCAGUCCGACUCAGAUCACAACAGAGAACAUAGCUUUGAGUUGAGCUAUGAACCAACCAGUCAGUCUUCCUUUGACCCAUACGGCUUUAAACUCAGUCCAGAACAUUCUAGUCACACCCUCUUAGACCCUGAUGAAGCCGAACUGAGCCCUGAACCCCCUGAAAACGAUCUGACCUUUGACCCUGAGCCCUCUUCUUCUCAACCAGACCAACUGAACAUUGAUCACUAUGGGUUUGACAUUACUUCCUCCCAAAUGGUACGGGACUCAGACCCUUAUGGCUUUAAGCUCAGCCCUGAGGAAGAGAACCAAGAGGUACUGGACCUCUAUGGCCAUGAUAACCAGGAAGCAAUGGACCUUUGCACCUAUGACAACAAUGAGCAAAUAGAAGCCUCUAACUAUAGCAACCAGGAAGUACUGGAACCUCAUACCCAUGAAAACCAAGAAGUGCUUGAACAUUGUAGCCACAACAACCAGGAACUGCUGGAUUUGUGUAACAAUGGAAACCAAGAAGUGCUGGGACCUUCAAGGCUUGACAACACAGGUUUAGUUAGCAAUGAAAACCAGGAACUCCUGGAUCUCAGUAGUCAGGACAACCAGGAGGUGGUGGAACCCUAUUGCAAUAUCACAGAUGAGGAACUACUUGAACCUUGUAACUAUGAUAACCAAGAAGUGCUGGAACCUUGUAGCCAUGGCAAUUGGGAGCUGGACUUUUCCUGUCUUGAAAAUAAGGAAGUGCUGGAUUUAGAUAGCCAUGGCGACCGAGACUUGCUGGAUUUUGUUAGCAAAGAAAAUCAGGAAGUGCUAGUUUCAGGUAGCCAGGGCAACCAGAAACUUCUGGAUCUCGGUAGCAAUGAAAAUCAAGAUUUGCAAGACUUGGGUAGCCAUGACAACCAGGAGGUGCUGAACUUGUUGAGUAGGGAUUCCUCUGAAGCGAACAAUAACCAAUGCAUUGUGGAACCAGAGGUCAGUCCCACCAAUAACAGCUCAGACAGUGAUGUGGCAUCAGAAGACUUGCUGGGGCUCGAACUCAGUAACACCAGCACCUUUCCUACCAACAAAUCAAAGACCAAUACUGCCGAGACCCUCAACAUGGCCCUCAUUAACAUGUCUGCCAACCAGGACAUUGCACCACCUAAUUCUCCUGCCACUCACAACUUGUUAGAAGGUGAUCUGGGUUCAGUGUUUGGGGCUGGAGGAUACAUUGGUUGUCCUGAUGUAGCUGACGACCUUGAGCCUCUGGAGAGAAGGCAAGCAAACCCAGUAGCAGAGCCAGUACGACCUGUCAGACCAGUUAGGCCUCCUCGGCCCUCGCUCAGGGGCAAGGAGAAGGCUCAGUCUCAGACUCAGGGCAUCGACCUGAAGUGAUCUCUCGCCAACCAACACUCUUGUGGGGGGUUACCAUGUCAGCAGGGUUCCCAUGACCACACCGGCAAAACGAGAGACCAAGUGGAUGAGGAGAGAAGUAAGAGGACGGGCGACUAAAUAGAAACAAAGGGGGGUGGAAUAAAGGAGGGCAGAUGAAAUAGACAGGAGGGAGAGAUCGUUCUGCUGUUAUUCAUUGCAAUAAGUCUAGUUUGGGAUGUUUUUUAUGUUUCAAAAGGUAUACAUUAAAAUCAGCAUGAAAAGAUAAGAAGGGACAAAGAUUAAAAAAUUGUUAGAUACCAGGGGACUAACUGGCUCGGUAAGAUUUAAUGAUCACCAUUAAUGAAACCUGAUUGGCUCGUGGUUUCGGUCUAUUUAGAGCAAUUCAUACAAGUCAGGGUUGGAAACUGUACAAAAAUGAACAAUGUUCUUACCCUAAUGUUUUUAGCCCAAAUGAUGCUUGUCAAUCAAUCAUAAGGUUGAUGUUAUGUCAUUUAUUUACAAUAUCAGCUGCCAACUCACUCUCCGUGUCUUAGUUAAGCUUCCCGUCCUUUCCAACUCUCCGGUUGAUUAGUCCACAGUAUUAAAAAAAAAAAAAAAAAAUCUCUCCUUUUUAGAUUUGAGCUUCGUGUUGGAGCAUGUGUAAGUGGACUUUGUGUGACUUUGUCACAGAGAUAAAGUGUAUAUAAAUGAUAUACUAUUGUGGUUUUCCAAUUAUCUAGUCAGUAGUUUUAGGUCUAACUUGGAUGAGAGCUGUAUAAAGAGUUUGGUCGGGUUGUACAGUGAGUGCAUAUCUAUACUGUCGCCAUAGUAACAUGCCCUGUGUUGUCCGUCAUCAGUUGCGUUAAGGUGCUCCACAAAGAGUACAUGAACACGAAGCUUAGACUCUCGAGCCCAUUUCACCUCUCAGCAUGUGGUCAAAAGUGUGCGUUGCUGCACCUUUAACCACAGCUCACCUGCUCGCCACUGCUGAAAGGUGAGAACCACUGGAGGUCAGCGAAAAAAGA